AUGCGCGUUGCCGACGGAUACUCGAAGCGCUGGACUCGGCAAAUUGCUGGCUUUCCAUCACACAACAUCACAUCAUACUACAACACUCCAAUUGACAUGACCGAUCAACGACCACGGGCUCCCGAUGGCUUCAGCAACCCAACGUUAAUCGAGAACUGGCCACCCGAGCCCGUGACCCAAGCGCACUUCGAUGAAUGGUUGACGAAGACGAGAGAAGCUUUGCUGGCAUGGCUCACACAGUCCACACUAGCUGCUCAAGACGCGACGACGAGAGAGGCUAUUAACAAACACAACAAGGCAUCGAAGCAAAAGUGGGAAGAGUUGAUAGCACCCAUAGCGUUCGAUGAGCGCGGAGACGCGAUCGCCAAAGAGGAUAAAGAGUUAAUAGUGAAGAAACGCAAACCUGCAAAAGCCGCCAGCACUAAGGCCCAUGGUCCGCAUCAAACGUGGAGGAAGUUCAUCGAGCAUAGAUAUGCGCAGGCGUCAUGGGAAGACUAUCUCUACUACCAAAAUGUUUGGAACCGGCGAUUCCUCAACCCAGACAAAGAUUACGCAGAGACCGACGCGGAGAAACUCGCCAUCAAAGCAAGAGAGAAACUCCGCAAAGCGGCGACGGCGGAUAACGAAGACGACGUUUUACCGUUGAAAGCGGUUGCGGAUGAACAAGGCAAAGGCAAAGGCAAAGGCAAGCCCAGCAAUGGAACACCUGGUCAGCUGGUAAUCAAAGCGAUGAGCAACGAUAGAGAAAGCGCGUUUUACGAACCGUAUAUGGCGUGGCGAAACCAUAUGAUUCGUCUUUAUAUAAGGUUUAAACUGGCCUAUCGUAAACGUGCGCCUGCUGUUAUUGAACCUGACGUUGCGCAUCGGUACAGUCAACCACCGCGCGGAACGACGCCACAACAGCUACCACGCUUCAAAAGGCGAUACAAACACCUCGAAGAGCGUUUUCCGAGGAGGAGAAGACAGGUGAUCGAUGUGAAUGAGGUGGAAGAAGAGUAUCGCCCGGAGGUUAAGCGGCAGAAGGACAAGGAGCUUGAGAGGAAGGGUCGUAUGGUGGAUAUUACAUGGCGUAUCAACAAAACUGCCUAUCGAAACAAGAAGAAUGAGACGGAUAAGGACUCUGGAUAUAGCACCAACCCCCUCACUCUAGCGUUACUACCAGCAGACCAUGUACCACACCACGGAAGCACAGAAACCAGCUUCAACUGGCCUACUUCCUUCGACUCACCUGCUUGGGGGACUACAAGAUCUGUAACCGUCAUUCAACGAGACUUCCAAUACGAAAGAGUCGAAGACACCAUUCCCAACGACAACAAUAACAACAACGACGAGCACGACAACAACGCCGCAGGCCAGCCAACCCGCAAACCCACCCCUUACAAAACCGACGCAUCCGGCACCCGCAUCAAGAAACUCGACCCAACCCCCCGCUACCAAAAAGAGUACCGCGUGGAGCAAGAAGAAAUCUUCAUCCACAACCGCCUGCCCAACAACGAAGUAGCCGGCCGCGACCGCCACGGGAAAUGGAUCGGCCGUUUCGAAAUGAGCAAUGUGCGUAACGAGUACCCCGCGGAAGACUCAGCUGGUAACCGCAUCUUAUUACCACCCCGCUACAUGACGAGGAACAAGUUCAAGACCCGGGUUGAAGAUAUGGGUAGCGUUAGGAUGACGCGGUCGCAGAGACAUGUUGAUCGAGGUAUUAUGGAGGAGAUUUCUGGGGAUGAGGAUGAGGGAUGUGUGCACUCGAAUGCCAAUUUCUCGAGAUCGGGGAAUGUUAAUCCGGAGCAAUUGGGGAAUCCUUGGGCGUACAACCUCGAUAGCGACGGAGAUGGGGAAGGUGUUGGUCACCCUGGUGAUAGCGAUGACGAUGAUAGUGACGAUGACGGCGAUUUGUUUGCGGAGUCGUAUAGGGAGUGCUCGGAGAGUCCUGCGACGAGGCGAGCAAGGAUGUUGUUGGAGGAUAUGCGGGAGAGGUUUGGUGUGCUUGGGAGCUGGACUGUGCAAACUGUUAGGGAUUUGCAACGGCAUGGUGAUGAUGGUUCUGUGGUUGUUGAAGAUGAUGAGAUUAUAGAUUGGUAUAAGAGCGAGACGGAGGGGUCGUAG